GUCGCGCUGUCUGCGCAGCCGCGGCGCCGCUAAACACUUCCUUGAGGAAAGAAGAGAAGCCGCGGGGUCUGGAGCUCCAGGGCUUCAGCCUGCACCGCCUGCCCCGCGCUGAUGGUGAACUGAGGGACAGGGCGCGGGUUAUCCGGACUCUCCGAGAUUUAUUCUGUAUUCCGGAGAUCUUUAUCAGCCGGGGAGCAGCGAGCGGAGAGCGGCGAGGGCGGGAGAGAGAGAGCGGGCGGCGGCGGCAGAGCUGUAGCUAACCCGGGGUUAUAGCUCACUCGGCCUCUAUAAAAGUGUAUAAAAGUAGCGGUGAGAAUGGCAGAUUCCGGAGACAGCGGGGGGAAUGAGGACAGUGAGCUGUUAGGAGCUACAGGUGGAGAAGAUGUUGUAGACGACCAAAUCGUAGAACAAGGCGCAUUAGUACUGAGAGGGUAUGUUCUUCGGCGGCUCAGUACAGAGAACCCUGAUGUACGUGUGAGUCGGGUGGACCUUGGUGGAAGACCUGAUGAAGGCGAUGACCCUCAGAUAAAAGUGGUUGUGGAGCAGCUUCUUAGAAUUGCUGAUGAUCUGAAUCGCAAUACUGAGCUUCAACACCUCAUCAGCACUGUGCAGGCUAACUGUGCUCAGGAUGUGUUCAUGACGGUGGCCAGGACGAUCUUCACAGAUGGCAUUAACUGGGGACGAAUCGUGGCUCUGUUUCAUCUGGCCUAUCAGCUUAUUUAUAAUGCACUGACUCAAAACCACUUAGAAAUCAUCAAGAACAUCAUUAGCUGGGUAUUACAGUAUAUCAGGCAGCACGUAUCCGCCUGGAUCAGACAGCAGGGAGGAUGGGAAGGAGUUAUCCGCAGCGUGUCGAGAUGGCGCACCGUGACCGUGAUCGCUGCAGUAGCAUUCAUCGCUGCUGCUGUAUACUGGAAACGAAGUCGCUGAAGACCUCCCCUGUCUAACAGCGCAAAUCAUAAAACCAGCAAACUGUUAUUUGCACAUGUGGAUAAUGAUAUCAGGAGCAACAAUACUUCCCGAAUACAAAACUGAUCGGUGCUUGACCAAUAUAUUGAACUUAUGUUGACUUAUUGUUGUGCUUGUGUGUUAAAAGCCUGUUAAAAUUGACAAAACAAAUUUACAAUUAUUCAUACACCUGCUUGAUGCAGAGCACAAAGAGCCAGCGCAAUCCAUACUGUAGCCCUUAUUUUAUAUUUGUUUUUCUAAAUCAUAUUGUGUUUAUAUGAUAAUGGAUUGAGAAUUACUGAGAUCUGCUGUAUUUAUUAAGAACAAUAUGUCACAGUUUUACACUCCCCACCAAGUUUGUGGCUUUUUUACAAUCAGGGAUGAUCACACUCUUUCCAGCACAGACAUCAGCCUUAGAGCCUUAAAAAAUACAAACAUAAGUGCCAAGAAACAUAAGCACUACCUCCAACUGGUAAAUGAUCCAGGACUGAUUGUUUACCACAUCAAUUUAUUUUUAUUAAUCUGCUUAUUCAGUUAUGUGGGAUGCUCUUUGUCUGCAUGUAAAGGUAAACUCUUUAUCAGGUAUAAUUAUAAAAAAAGAUCAUCUGUGAAUCUCCAGUUUUGUAGUAAACUAAACUGAAGACUGAUAAGUAACAUCUUUAUAAAGCUGGAUACAUUAAUCACUGAUGCAACUCACUGUUCGGAAAUCUAAAGGGCACUCCAAAUGGACCACCAGUCUCCUCAUUAGGUGUCAGGUUUGAGUGGCAGGUAUGUGCAGAGAUGAUGCAGGUAGUGGCAGGCUUUAGGUGCGCUAAGUGUGCUAUCAUUUAUGAUCUGAGGCCUUCAUCAUUGUUAUUCAUAAGAACUGUCCAAAUUAGAAGGGAUGUAAAAUGGCCUUAAUAAUUAUGAAUUUAUUUGAUGCAGAGGGUGAAAUAUAAUUAUUAUGGUGAAAAGUUGAUAUUAAUAUUUGUGAUGAAUAUGUGGUAGUUUUAUUUGGUCAUUGUUUACAUGAUAAUAAAUGUGAUCAAAGAUCAUA